UGAGGCCGACAUUUUGACAACAAUGUGACGGUUAAUGUAUACUUUAGUGGUUAAGAGGUAUACGUUUCUGAUAUUCUGGCAAUGGGGUCACUGACGUCCAACGUAGGAGAAGAAAAUUCAUCGACGGCAGCCACAGUGGCAGAGGUUAAGUUGGUGUGUCUGGGAGUAAACAACCAGAGCUACAUAUGUGAGUCGGGUCAUUGCUGUGGAGAGACGCAGUGCUGCAGCUACUACUAUGAACUGUGGUGGUUCUGGUUGGUGUGGACUCUGAUCAUUAUUCUGACAUGCUGCUGUGUGUGUCAGCACUGGCGUUCUAAGCAGCGCUUCCAGCAACAGCGCCGGCAGAACGAGAUCAACCUCAUUGCCUACAGAGAGGCUCACAACAACUCUCACUUACCCCUCUAUCUCCGAUUCCUACCCACCUACCUGCUGCCAGCCUAUGAAGAGGUAGUUGAUCGCCCGGCUACGCCUCCACCACCCUAUACCCCUCUCCAGUCUGCACUUCCACCUACAGACCCACCUGAUGAAUCACCCUGCCCACAGUCAGCUUUCUCCAUCCCCAGUGAUGCUGAUGCAGAGCACCAUGCUACUCCAGAGGCCCACCCACACUGCGCUUACAACCACAACAAGGACUCAACGCCGGGCAGGUACCGGCGUUUCACUGGGGAUUCUGGAAUUGAAGUGUGCGAUGGCCAGGAACUGUGGGAUCAGCACAGCCUUUUAGAAAGAGAAGAAGAGACAGAGGAAGAGGGGGUUGGGCAAAUGGAUCGCUGUAGUCCCGUCUGUGAUCACUGUAGUCCCCAGACCUGUGAACACAGCCAUAUUAGUGAUGUAGUCAUCAGUGAAAGCACAGGUGGACAUACAGUUGUGGAUACAGAGCCACCGUCUCUUAGGUAAUCUGAAACAAAUCUGUGCAGCAAUAGCUGAUGCAAUAUUCUACCUUUGGUGCUCAGGGGUUUGGUCCUUAUGUACAUGUAUAAGUUUUACUAACACCAGUUUGUGUGUGUGACAGGUCUGGAGACAAAUGUAAGGUACAACUAAACAAUUUCCAAGAAUUUAAAGCAACAUUAUCAACUUAGCAACUUUGGAUUCUUCUGAGGUUGAAAGUGUGAUUUUCAGCAAGCUUACCCCUCUUCACUUUUACACAUGUACAGCUUAUCUUGAUGAGAUGGCUGUUUUAAAAUGGCAUGACGGCUGAUGCAACACUAUCUUAUGUAGAAAUGGAUAUAAUAGAUCUGCUGGCUGUAAGCAGAACUGAUGUUCAUAUUUUUCAUGUUUACCUUCACAGUUCUCUCUUUUUCUAUCUUUGUUUAGUUGUUCUUGUAGUUACAACACUUCCACAUACCUUAAAGGGCUUAUGCUCUGUCUCAGACUGCAGCAGUUUACUAGUAAAGUAGCUGUGAGGGUUGGGCAAUAUUACCAUGUACACUACCAGUCAAAAGUUUUAGAACACCCCAAUUUUUCCAGUUUUUUUAUUGAAAACAUGUUUUCAAGCUUACCAUCUUGUUUUUUUCCCCUAAGGUAGUUGUGUCAUAGCUUGGACUUAUGUUUUGGGUCAUUAUCUUGCUGUAGGAUGAACCCCUGACCAACUACGUGUAUACCAGAGGGUACUGCAUGGCAUCGCUGCAGAAUGCUGUGGUAGCCGACCCUGGAUCCAGAAAAACAGCCCCAGACCAUCAUGCUUCCUCCUCCAUGUUUGACAGUUAAUGUCACACACUGAGGAACCAUCCUUUCUACUCAACGGCGUACAAAACUCCUGCGUGAUGAACAGAAUAUUUUAAAACUUGAUUCAUCAGUCCAUAAAAGCUUCUUCCAGUCUUUAGUAGUCCAUUGGUGGUGUUUCGUGGCCCAGGCAAGCCUCUUUUUCUUAUUCUGACUCUUAGCAAUGGCUUUCUAGCUGCAACUCGACCUGUCAAACCUGCAACUGGAAGUCUUCUCUUCACAGUUGAAACUGAGACUUGCUUACUACGACCACUAUGAAGCUGUGCUUGAAGCUGUUGUCCUGUGAGCCGCCUAUCACGCAAGCUGUUGACUCUCAGAAACUUGUCUUCUGACUCUGUUGUUGCUUUGGGUCUGCCAGACCUCUUCCUGACAGAGUUUCCCCCAGUUUAUGAGUGCUUUUUGAAGGAAACUGUACUCACUGACACCUUGACUUUCUUCGCAAGUGUUUUCGUAUAAUUUUCAGUUUUGGGUAACCUUACUUUUUUUUUUUACCUCUGGCAGUUCACUACUUACCUUUAUAUCAUUUCAAGCUAUUCAUUGGACUUGAACUGCUUGAAUUUUAAUUUAAAAAAUGGAAAAAUUGGGGUGUUCUAAAACUUUUGACCGUUAGUGUAUAUUGGCAUUGUCAACCUGGACAGCUGUGACCUGACAAGCCAAUCCACAUUUCUCAUGUGGCUUUUUUAUUUUGUGAUAAUUCCCCCCCACAGAUCCAGACAGAAAAUGUUUUUGUUUUUUGAAAGGUAAAGGAUUUCCAGUGAUGCAAAGCAAGCAAACAGGAUAUUGUGAAAACUCCAAUCAUGCUGAAAUGCCCAGUAUAAAAAAAAAGUUUUUAAGAACCAUAAGAUUGUAUUGAAGACCUGUGGACAACCAACAACAUAUUGUUGCCUUAUCAUGAGCAUAUUUGUACAGUGCUCCAAUUUGCAAGGGAUACGUUUUUUAGUUAUCAGUUUUAAUAAACUCUUGUAUGAGUCUCCAGUCACCUAACACAUAACCCGGGUGAGGCAUUUUUGUACCAGGCAAUAGCGUCGUAAUGUGUAUCUUCAUGUAGCCUAUGUUUAGGUGAACUUAAUCAAAGCUCUGGAGGCUCUUUGGUUCAGAGUAACCCUCCAGUGUACCCAGUGAUAGAUUGAUCAUCAUUUAAUCAAUGUGUUAUUAUGCAAAAUAUGUUUUUUACUUGUAGUUUGCCAAAAGAAGUUUCACACAUCAGCUCUGGAUUAAAUACUGCAGAAAGCUGUUCCUGAAUGAAGAACUAUAGAUUUGAGACAUAUUAAAUAUCUAAACAUACCACAAUCAGGAUGUUUUUGCAGUGAAGAUGUACUGAAUGUGGACUGAAACUGCUCACAAUCUUACAGUUUUGUGUUGUAGAUUGUUGAUUGUACUCCACACGUGUGUGUGUGUACAUAAAGGGAAUGACUGACGUAUUGCAGCUCUUGGAAACACUCCGUGUGGAAAUGUAUCAGACUGUUGGGAAGCUGGCAGUGAAAACCAAACUUUAUUGUGCACUGAGGGAACUUUUCUACAGUUGAGUCAGUUGAGCACUUUUCUACAUAUGCAGCAUUGUACAGUGGUCCACUAUACCUGCUGCUACACUCUUAUGCUCUUUAUUAUCUGCUCAAUUAAAUAAUAUUUUUCUGUCACAUUUUGUAUGAAAUAUGGUUAUUAAAAGUUAUGGGGAACAA